GACGACUGCCUGUUCGACGUGUCCUACAAGAUGCUGGUGGAGGGCGAGGAGGGGCACCGGCGGUCGAGCCGCAGCAGGACCGCGCCGAGGGAGGCGCGCGCGGUGCCGGCGGCGCAGGACGAGGAGUCCGACAAGGCCGUGGGCUCCCGCAUGCCCAGGCUCCGCUCUGCUCCGCAGCUGCACGCCCUCGCCGCCGUGCCGGCGGCCAUGCGGCGGCUGCACCCGAGGGCACAAGCUAUGCACCUGCAAGCCGAUCCUGGCCAGACGUCCGGGGCGUGCCUGGGGGGUCUCCAGUUUAGGGCGGACCCCCCAUAA